AUGACACACUGGACAUUCUUCAAAUCAAGUGAAAAACUAUGCAAAACGGGAACAAAUGAAUGUCGUCCGGCCUACAGUGGUCAACCAGGCGAAACCGAUCAAACUAAGAAAAACAAAGGUCCUAUACCAGAUGGGGAUUAUACUCUUGGAGAACCGAAGGGCAAGAAAAAAUUUCCUUUGAUACCAGAUACAUCGAAUAAUAUGUACGAUCGUGAUGCCUUUCAAAUUCAUGGAGACAAUGGAAGAGGUGAUAAAUCGGCUAGUAAAGGAUGUAUCGUCACGAAUAAAAGAGAAGAUUUGAAAAAGAAUGAUCGGCUUCACGUCACAAGCAGUGAAAGCAAAGAAGGCACAUGUAUACUCAGUUGA